GUGAGCAAUCGCCUGGCUAAUGUUCCAUCGCUAAUUAAAGUAGGCAAGCUAUUGUAGGUACGUUUUAGGUAGCCAGCUCUCUGGAAGUAUGGACCCUGGACAGCUGGUCAGGCUGCAUUUGUUUGGCAGUGUCUAAAAUGCGCUGCGCCUGCCAACAACAGCACUUGGAAUUCAAGCUCACACAGCCCACAAAUGACCACAACCGGAGAAGCAGAGCCCCGGCCCAGAUCUAGCUCGCUGCUGCAGCUGAACGAUGACGUGCUCACCCUAAUAGUGGCCCAGCUGAACGUGUAUCAGCAGUUCGAGCUGAGCCAACUGCACAGUCGCCUGCGGAGCAUUGUCCAGGCGCUGUGGCGCACGCGCGUGCGCAAUGUGGCGCUGCAGGAUGAGCUGCUGUGCCGUGCAUCGUCGCGUCAGUUUCAGUCCUUUAUGCUGGCCUUGGCACCGCAUCUGGAGCGACUUAGCUGCCAUCAGUUGGACGUGCGCAGGCUACGCUUGCUGAGCGACCACUGUCUGCCCCGGGUGAUUAGCCUCGAGUGGCUGGGCGUUGAUCAGCAGCCGCGACGUGGACGCGUGCGCUUCGUGGACGAGGAUGUGCGUUUGCUGAAGCGCGUGUUUCCGUCGCUGCGCAAGCUGAAGCUGCGGGGCUGUCAGGUGACGGGUAAAUAUCUGCACGAGCUGGAGCUGCUGGACGAACUGUGCCUGGACGACUGCCAGUACCUGGAGUCGCAGCACUUUCGCGACAUCUUUCGGCUGCUCAAGUUGCGAAAGUUCGACAUCAUGGAGGACUGCGACGAGGUGAACUGCUGUGAUUUGAUCGACGUACAGCUGUGCCCCACUCUCGAGCACAUCAAGAUCGCCGACUACCAUCUCUGCAUGGAGUCGGACAUCACGCAGCAGCUGUUGCGCCUGCCACGCCUAAACAAACUUUCCAUCUACUCCAAGAACUUUGUCUUCGAUGUGCUGGAGCGCAUAGCGCGACCCAGCAAUGCCGCCGCUGGUGGCAUCAAGCAAAUCGAAGGCUUCCGCUUCAGCGGACUUCUACACGACUAUGAACGGCUCUUUCGAGAGCUGAGCAAUCUGCGCCAUUUGCGCCGGCUGGAGGUGCAUGGCCAGUCGGAGGAGGGACAACUGCAGUGCCUCGGCGAUCAAGUGCUGUGCCAACUGGCCGCCCAGCUGCCCGAGCUGUGCGAGCUGCAUCUCUGCGGCUAUCAGCUGGAGAGUCCCGCGGGUAUUUUGCAAUUUGUGAUCAACUGUCGCCAGCUGCGCAUCUUGGACAUGACAAGGUCGCGCUGCAUUGGCAACGCCUUCGUCGGACGCUGCCUGGCGCUGCUGACCAAGCAAAGCUGGCGCACUCAGCCACUGGAGUUGUGGAUCAGGCAGAGCGACAUUAUGCCCAGCAUAUUGCAGAAUUUGCGCUAUUUGAGAAUCGAUACCAAAAGUAUGACGCCGAACAUGGACUACAUGUCAAGUGUGCUUAAGUUUAGCUUUGUAAGAUGAUGAUUGAUUACCUGUCCCAACUGUGCCUGAGUCUGUGGAAGCAUACCUACAUGCACGUGUGUCCAUGUGUUAUAAUCUAAUGCGGAAAUUGAAUUAAGACUGAAAAAUUAAAUGAAAAGUAUG